AUGAAACUCGAAUUACUCAGAGCCAAGGUCCUAGCGGUAGAGGACGAGGAGGCUGAGGAUGAGGUGGACGUGGUCAAGAGGGUUGAACUUGAGGAGCUGAAGAAGACAAUAAUUGAUAAGGAGGAAGAAGCCUCUAGUGUUCUUGAACCAGAUAAAAAUAGGGAAGAAGAAGAUGAAGAAGAGAUGAGAAUUUUGUUGUCAUCAAGGAUCUUAGAGUCGAAGGUGGAGAACUCAGAUGUUGGAUCGUGUUUGAGAUCAGAGGCUGAUGAGAUUUCUACCAACUUGGUAUGGUAUCUAGAUAUUGUGGCAAGUAAUCAUAUGUGUGGAAACGAGAACUUUUUUUAUAAACUCACCAAGGUGGAGGCCAAAUUUGUAUGUUUUGAGAAUGACUCCAAGGUGGCCAUGAAAGGACGUGGAAUAAUCUGGCAUAUGCAAAAGGAUGGAAGAGUUGAAGAGAUUAGGGAUGUUUAUUAUGUUCCCGAACUGAAGAGCAAUAUUUUAAGCAUGAUUCAGAUAAUUGAAAAAAGUAAUUCAGUUUUUAUGAAGGACCAUGUAUUGUAUUUAAAGGAUAAGCAUGGUCGUUUAGCAACCCAGGUAAAAGCGAAGAAGAACCAGUUGUAUGAACUAGAACUGAAGAUCUUGCAGAAAAGGUGCUUGAAGCAAUGUAUGACUAUCAAGAAUUCGGAUAACUCCAACUUGAAUUUGAUUGAAAGAAGCAAGUCCGGUGCAGAGUGA